AUGGACCCGCUGGAUCCACUCAUUGCUCGUGUCCUUGGACCACAUGGAAAGAGUUGGAAGCAACGUUUGAGAUGCAAUAAAACGUCAUUACAAACGAUUUUUCUAGGCCUUACGCAAUCACAAAACGGCGCCAGAACUGGAUGCAUCGCCCGUCUCCUCACUGCCAAAUCGACCGGUUCGGAUCGGCGCGUUCGUGGUGUAAUGGUCAGCAUGGAUGCCUUCCAAGCAUUCGACGGGGGUUCGAUUCCCCCCGAACGCAAGACCGCUUUUGCUCUGUCCACGUUCAAAAACUAA